GGCAACCCAGACACACGGAACUGAACCGCUCAAUCAAAUCUUCGGAAGCAUGUGACGUAACAUGGCCAAUAAGCUGUCAGUAAUCCCCCGGUUAUUGUAGCGGGAAACUUUAUGAUAAACAGUAUCGUUCCAAAAACAAUGUGAACAUUAAAUGAUUUACAGCAUAUUCAUUUUCCAACUCCUUCUGUAUGGUGAAUUAUGGCUCAUAGACUGACUAAAGAGGAGCUGGAUCAGCAGUUUGAACAGUUCUUGAAAGAGUCCGUCUCUGAUGACUCUGUUGAUUUGGGCACCAGCACCAGGCACACUAGUGUUCUUGACAGCUUGGGACAAGCACCUGUCAGGCCAGUAAAGAAGGCUUCAGUGUCUGUGCCGUGGUGGCAGGAUGAUGAUGACAGUGAAGAGGGACCAGAAAAAGCCCCUAAACGCAGUUUUACUAAAAUUAAAAAGUCCCAAGCUGUGGACCCUCAGGUGGAAUCCAGACACAGAGAAAGCCCUCCUCUGGUCCCUAUUAAACCCACCCCUAAACCUCGUAGCAAAGCACUUGAUAGAGUGAUGCAGUUGUCCAGUCAGAGGGCAUUCCACAACACGAGUCCUGAACAUGAUGCAGUAAAUGAGAAGAUGCUAUCACCUGACCCUAGUUACUCUUUAGAGGAGCAGAGGGUCUCAGAGGAAGACUCUUGCUGCGUACCAAGUCCAGCAUCUGAUAACCCCUCCAGUACAUCAGGACACAAGAGUCCCAUUCACUCUGGUUCUGAUAAGUUGUCUGUGGAAUCCGAUGCUAGUGAUUCAGUCGAGAGAGCAGAUGGUAUGUCAUCAACAGGAAAGUCCUUCCUGAAGUCUCUAAGGAAGACUCCGUCCAUUAAGGAGGUGGAUGAAGAACAGCCAAAGGAGCUAUUCUUGGAGGAUAAAGGGAAUAGAGACCAAGUCAUCUUUAGCAGAGACAGUCUUGAGCCUGAAGAUUCUGUGAUGGUGUCUGGUAUGGUAUCAAGUGCAGGUGUUCUAGGGCUGGAUACAUUGGAUGAGGAUGAGAAUAUCAGGUUUUUAUCCAGCCUGAAGAAAGAAUCCUCUUCUUCCAUUGACUAUCCCAGAGUGAAUCAAGAACAGGAGCCAUCCACCCCCACCAGCCCACAAAGAAGAGAAGAAAUGGAUUCAACAAAUGAAGAAGGACAGAGAAAUAAUAAAGACUCUGCUGCAUCGCCUGCAUAUAGUGAAGAUUUUGAGGAAGAGGCCAGCGAGAAAAGUGACGAGGUGCCUCAAGAGAAGAAACCUGAAAGACAAGGGAUGCUGGCUAAAGUGUCACUGCAUGACUCUCUCAAUUCCAUGGAUGGAGCAUUGCCUCCUGCAGUUCCCAGUUUGGCACCGGGGAAAGAAAAAUGGCCAGACAUCAAACAAACAGGGACGCCAGCAUUGGAACCUGCAGUUCAAUCAUAUGGUCAGAGUGGAGGGAGUGAGAUGGAGGCACUGCAGGAGGCGUACAGGCAGAUCAGCAGCUCAGCAGGAGAGUGUGAGGACAAACGAGCCGAGGGCAGCAGGACGCCCCUCUCUCUCUCUACACUUCAGCCUUCCUCCACCGUGGAGUCAGAUUUACCCACUGCUGAGGAAUUGAUGCGUCCGAUUGGACCAGACUCUGGAUUCACCCGUGGCUUCUCUCUCCAUCCCAUAAUUGAGGCUGUGCCUCGAGGAAGCGAGAAUCACAGUCCAUUAAGGAUGUCUUCAGACGGGAGUCCUUUCAGUUCUGCUAAUGAGGGCUGUGGAGGGGGUAGUGCAGCUGGUCUUACAGGAGAUGAACAUCCAGCCUCUCUUCAAUACACUCAGAAGAGCAUUGCUGAGGAGAUCAAACGGCUGAUGCAGGAACAGGACAGCUCCUCCGUGGAACCACCUCCUGUCAAGCCCAAGAAGCGCCAGGUUCCUGCCAGAAACACAGCUUACUCUAGAAAAACUCCUGUUCUAUCAGCGAGGGCCAAAAAACCUGAGAGCAGGCCAUUACCCAGAGCACCUGCACCCAGCAGAACCAGCCAAGCUGCUAAAUCUCCAUCUCCUCUAACACAGAGGAAAACUCAGAACCAGCCGCUUAAAAAGACUCAAAACCUCAGCCAAACACAAACAGUCAAAGGUUUAGACACAAGGUUAGGACCAAGCAGUGAACUGGUUGCUACAUUCCUACAGCAUCAGGUUGAAGCCAUCAGUCUAUGGGAUAACAUCCCUCCUCGAGCAGACAGGAUCACACCCAAAGCAGUGACAGGACACCAGGUGAUGCAAGAGAACAUGGAUGGUGGUUCGACCUUUCAGCAGGAGCGCUCAUCACUGGAGCGCUUCCGUCUCCAGCUCGCACAAAAAGAGAGAGAGCUCCAUCUGAGGGAGGAACAAUUACGGGAGAAGCACAAGCAAGAGCUUGCAGCCCUCAGACAGGAGAACUACGUGUUACAGAGCAAGCUACACCUUGCCGAGGAGGCCAGUAACAAGCGAAAGUGGAGUUUUGGCGAAGCUUCGGACCCUGUGACUGAAGAGAAACUCAAGCUGAUAGAGAAAGAGAUGAAGGAACAGGAGACUCUGAUUCAGGGUUACCAUCAGGAGAAUGAGAAGCUUUAUCUGCAAAUGAAAGCGCUCCAAGCUCAAAGCAAACAAAACGAGGAGGCUUUGUUCAUGGAGAACCAGAGACUUCUCACUGAGCUUGCCCUCACCAGGGACCGACUGAACAUGAACAGCAUUCAAAGAACCGGAGCGAGAAGCAUUGCUGACCAAAGCUUCAACAUUGCAGAUUUGACAAGUCAGGUACAAGCCGCACAGAAAAAGGAGGAGCGACUGCUAGAUGAGAUCCACAGGCUAAAACAGGAGAAACAAGCGCUGCAUGUAGACCUGGAGAUGAUGAGGAAAGAGCGGGACCUUGCCAGAGUUCAGGCUGUCUGUACAUCAGGUGAUAAAGGUUUCGAGCUAAAGAUGCUCCAGGAAAAACAUAGAGAGGAAGUCACAGAGCUGAAGAAGAGACUGCAGUGGUAUGCCGAAAACCAGGAGCUACUAGAUAAAGAUGCGGCCAGACUCCGAGCCGCCACCGCCGAGACUCAUAUGCUCACUGAGCAGGUGGAAAAGCUAAAAAUGGAGGUCAGCAAGAGGGCCAGUGAGCAACAAAGAAAGGCAAAAGAGAGAGCGGGUGAAGCUAAAAGAAUCCAGGACCUGGAACGACAGCUCAAACAGAUGGAAGAGCUCUUGAAACGCAGGCAUCCAAACUCCCUGCCAGCCCUGAUCUUGGCCGCUGCGUCUACCGGAACAGAAGAUAAUGGAUUGGAUGUUCGUCCCCCAACUGCCCCUCAUUCCUCCCAGACAGCAGCUCUGUUGGAGAGACGUGUCCAUCGACUGGAGGCGGAGCUAGAGGGCCACGAUGAAGCAGCCAAACGCAGUCUCAGAGCAAUGGAACAAGAGUAUCACAGAAUCAAACUGCAGUAUGAACAGCAGAUCUCAGAUCUGGAGCAGCGAUUGGCUGAGAAGAACCAGAACAAUCAAGUCAUCUCAUCAGAAUUGUCUGCGUCACAAACUCAAGGGUUGAAAGCAGAGAUGGAGCAAGUGAAGAAGGCCUAUCAGAAGCAAGAGAGUUCCCUCAAGGCAGAGGUGGCAUCUCUGCAAGAACAACUCCGCCAGGCCCAGUCUUUGACGCAAGCAGACAAGCCUGCCCGCAGCCCCUCACGCCACCAGCUCAAUGCAGAGGCAGCACAAGCAACCCGCAUUGAGAGACUGACCCAGGAACUGAGCUCCAAGAGCCGCACCAUUCAGGAGCUCAGCCGUACUGUAGAGCGCCUGCAGAGGGAGAGGAGAACCAUGCUGUCAGGUCCUGGCUUCGAACGUGCCACCAAUGAGCACAAGCGACAUUUGGGUACAGCCAAAGAGCCCAAAAAACCUGCAGCUGAGACUUUCCCCCCUACCCAAGAUGAGAAAGACUAUCAUCCCGGAGCGUUCUCAGGAUCACACAUCUCAGAGGUGCAACUGGAGAAUGAUAGUUUUAGGAUGAGAUUGGAACAGCUAGAGAUACAGAAAGAACAAGAGAAAGCUUCCUUGCAGGCUGCAGUCGCACGUGCACAGAGUCAGCUCCUCAGGAUUCAGGAGCAGAAUGCUGAGCAGCUUGCCUCGGUCAAGGCUGAGCAUCAUAAAGAGAUUGAACGCCUCCUGGCUUGCCAUGCCCUUGAGCAUUCCUCCUCCAAAGUCGCUGAACUCACCAGUCAAGUGAACACACAGGAGAUCAUAGUGCAGCAUUUACAGGGGCAAGUGAAGGAGCUCCAAGGAGCCAAAGAUGCUCUGGCUGUGUCUAAGAUCAGAGAGGAAACCCUGCAGAAUCAGCUGUCUAAACUUCUUGAAGAGCUGAAACAGGCCAAAGAAUCUCACAGUCCUGAACUACGACACUUCACUAGCCUGGAGCAGAAGAUUCAGUCCAUGGAGCUCCGUUAUAUUCAGCGUGAGAAACAGCUUCAACAGGUGAUUGCAGACACACGGCGGGUGGUGGAACAAGAGCAGCAGGGUGAGGUGGAGCGCUGGAAGAGACUCGCUCAAGGCAGGGCUAAAGAGCUGGAGGUCUUCAGACUGGAGCUGGACUCCAUACUGGACGUGCUUCGUGAACUCCAGAGACAGGGUGUAGUCAUUCCCAUCCCAGAACACACCUCCACCACCACCCACACAUACCUGCCCCUCCGAUCCUGAGUUGUCUUUGCAUCACUCAGAACACUCAAAUCUCUAUGUCUCUGGCUAGCAGAAUUCCUGUGACAGAACUAAUCAUUGAUUUAAAUCUGUGGGAAUAUUUAUGAUUAUAUAUUGUAAAAACCUUAUUUAAUUAUUGUCAAGGAACAUGCAGGGUUUGUAACAUCAAAUACAAACAAUUUGGUGUUAGUAAUUUGUAGCAUAAUCCAAAUGUUAUGUAAUAUUAAAGGUAAUUGUUAUUUGCA